GGAACUCCCUCCCUUCUUCCCCUCCCUCCCGGGUUCUCUCAAUCGGUGCCACCUCAGAGCUUGCGAGGGAGUGAGGGUCCGGGGCGCUGGGGUGCAGAUGAACCCCCGGCCUUUGCACCCGGCGGCGAGGCGAGGUCACACGCCUGCACACCCAGCGGCAGCCUGGGCCCGGAUCCCGGCACGGGGCACGGCCAGGCCUCGGACCCGGCGGAGUUACUCAUCAACCCGCAGCGGGUAGGAGGCGGCGCGCGCGCACCCCCACGCCCCCGGCCCGGCUCUCUGGCACCGGGCACAGAACCAAGGAGGUGACAGGCGGAGUCCCUGCACAGGACCUAAGGAUGCUGUGACCGGAAGAUGGGAUCGAGGAACAGCAGCAGCGCAGGAUCUGGGUCCGGAGACCCUUCCGAGGGUUUGUCCCAUAGAGGGGCCGGCCUGCAUCGGAGUGAGGAAGAGGAGGAGGAGGAUGAAGAUGUGGAUCUGGCCCAGGUACUGGCCUAUCUCCUCCGCAGAGGCCAAGUGAGGUUGGUGCAGGGAGGAGGUGCAGCCAAUUUACAACUCAUCCAGGCCCUCUCGGAAUCAGAGGAAGAGCAUGACAGUGCUUGGGAUGGCCGUCUUGGGGACCGGUACAACCCGCCAGUGGAUGCAACUCCUGACGUCCGGGAGCUGGAACGCAACGAGAUCAAGACGCAAGUGGAACUGGCCACAGGGCGACAGGGGCUUCGGCGGACAUCCCGAAAGCAUAGCUUUCCUCAAAUGCUGCACCUGAGAGAACGGGGCCUCUGCCAUCAGGAAAGCUUCUCCCUUGGAGAACGAGCUCGAGUGAUGUCUCACUUCUUGCCCAAUGAUCUGGGCUUCACAGAUACCUACACUCAGAAAGCCUUCUGCGGCAUCUACAGCAAAGAUGGUCAGAUCUUCAUGUCUGCUUGCCAAGACCAGACAAUUCGACUGUAUGACUGCCGGUAUGGACGCUUUCAUAAAUUCAAAAGCAUCAAGGCCCGAGACGUAGGCUGGAGCAUCCUGGAUGUGGCCUUCACUCCCGAUGGGAACCAUUUCCUGUACUCCAGCUGGUCUGAUUACAUUCACAUCUGCAACAUCUACGGGGAGGGAGACACACACACUGCCCUGGAUCUAAGGCCCGACGAGCGUCGCUUUGCUGUCUUCUCCAUCGCUGUCUCCUCAGACGGACGAGAAGUGUUAGGAGGGGCCAAUGAUGGCUGCUUGUAUGUGUUUGACCGAGAACAGAACCGGCGCACCCUUCAGAUUGAAUCCCACGAGGAUGACGUGAAUGCAGUGGCCUUUGCCGAUAUAAGCUCCCAGAUCCUUUUCUCCGGGGGGGACGAUGCCAUCUGCAAGGUGUGGGAUCGACGCACCAUGCGGGAGGAUGACCCCAAGCCUGUGGGAGCACUGGCUGGACACCAGGAUGGCAUCACCUUCAUUGACAGCAAGGGCGAUGCCCGGUAUCUCAUCUCCAACUCCAAAGACCAGACCAUCAAGCUCUGGGAUAUCCGGCGCUUUUCCAGCAGGGAAGGCAUGGAAGCCUCGCGCCAGGCUGCCACACAGCAAAACUGGGACUACCGCUGGCAGCAGGUGCCCAAAAAAGCCUGGAAGAAACUCAAGCUCCCGGGAGAUAGCUCCUUGAUGACCUACCGGGGCCACGGGGUGCUGCACACCCUCAUCCGCUGCCGAUUCUCCCCCGCCCACAGCACUGGCCAACAGUUCAUCUACAGUGGCUGCUCCACUGGCAAGGUGGUCGUGUACAGCCUGCUCAGUGGCCACAUUGUGAAGAAGCUGACCAACCACAAGGCCUGUGUACGUGACGUCAGUUGGCACCCCUUUGAGGAGAAGAUUGUCAGCAGCUCGUGGGACGGAAACCUGCGUCUGUGGCAGUACCGUCAGGCUGAGUACUUCCAGGAUGACAUGCCCGAGUCUGAGGAACACCCCAGCACCCCUGCCCCAGUGUCCCAGUCCUCCUCAGCCUUUUCUUCACCCCAGUAGAUGUGACCUCCAGCCCCACAUCUCGGGGAGCCUUUUGAUAAAUGCUCUGCCUCCUUCCCUCUCUCCCUUCUGGGGGACUUCCGGGGCAUCACAGGCACUGACUGGCUGGGGAGAGUCAGAAGCCCCAGUUCUGGAGAACUCGCUGAGCCCUAGACGACCAUCUUUGUCGGGGGCCGUGGUCUCCUCAAGUGCUCACAUGCAGUCCGCUUAAGUCUCUUAUCUCUGAUCAGGGUCUGGCAGGAUCGCCGUUACCUGGGGUGUGGCCUGCACCAGCAGGACAGCCAUCCUGAGUGUUCCAAUCAUGUUUGGAUGUCAAGCGCUAGCUUGUAGAGUAGAUGCCUGGACCACUUGUGACCUGAGCUGUUUGCCAGGCCCACUGCCUGGGCCUUCACAGUGAGGGUUCGACUGGCCCGUCAGAGCCAGGCACCCUGGCCUUCCUUCCACGGGUCCCGGUGGCUGGAGCUCUUGCCCUUCUAGGGAUGCAUGGGGACAGAGGGAAGCUGUGCCCUCAGCAGCCUUCUGGAGUGGGAAUUACAUCUCUGCUCUCAUGUCUGGGACUUUGGAGCAGAGCAGGCUGUGGUGUGGGAGGCUCCCUGGAACCCCACACAGGGCAGGCCCUAGCUACACAGUGUUCUGUCCUGCGGAGCCCUUGGUUUCCCAGCAGGUCACUGAAGUAGGACUCCGUCCUCUCACCGACUCCGGCUCCCUCAAUAAACUUGCUCUGGGAACCUG